AUGUUAUUAGAUGUAAUUGUUCUUCCGCAAAUAAUCCCCACUUUAAUUAACCACUUGGCUGAUCCUUGUGCCCAACGCCUGGCUAAGAAACGAACGCGGAAAGGCGUCGCUCUUCAGGAAAUAUCUGCUUAUUAUAUUUACCUUUGUUCAAUGUUAUCUAUCUAUCUAUCUAUGUCAGUUUGUUCAUAUCUAUCUAUCUAUCUAUCUAUCUAUCUAUGUCAGUCUGUUCAUUAUGUCAGUUUGUUCAUAUCUAUCUAUCUAUCUAUCUAUCUAUCUAUGCCAGUCUCUUCAUCCGGUACAAAAAUUUACCAUUGCCCCUUUCACACGUUCCAUCUUUCUCCACACGCAAUAGCUUUUUGCCACCGAGUUGCACCCUUAUUUUGCUUAACAAUAGAUCUAUCUAUCUAUCUAUCUAUCUAUCUAUCUAUCUAUCUAUCCUUUAUUAAUCUACAUUUGUUAUUUCUUCUUUGUAUUGGGUAUAUGCUUUAA